AUGAUCUUAGCCACCGUAGACGUAUCUAAUGGGGGUAUAAGGUAUAAUAUAGUAUUCCUUUGGAAGCUCAGAAUACAUUGCGAGCGCAAAUUAGACCUGUCGCCGGCACUUAAGCCGCAGUCCGUCGGGUUCACCUCGACGCGUCUUCAAACAAAGGAGUGUUUUUGUCACGCGGCGCCACCCUCCCGCCGUGAGUCGUGUCCGUGGCGACGAGCGGCCGCGAGCGUCAGGCCGGCCGCGGAUCGAUAUCGCUCGAGAUCUCGGCCUACGCGCCCGCCUCGCCGGCCAUUUGCCUACCUCGACGCCUCAGGCUCGUGUGUACAUAACCCGCCACCCACCACCCCGGACCGAUACACCCCCGCAGAUUACCGCCUACAAAGCAAACUUCAUUGGUACGUGCAUGCAAUAUGCGCAAGGAGCACGCCAGAAUUGCGCCUCGGACCUCCACCCAUCCAGAUUGCUUUGAUACCCGAGUGA